AAUCGAGAGGGGAAAAAGAGCGUGGAGAAGUGGACCGAAAAGAAACGUCACGUUGGAGGGGAGAAAUAUUAAAAAUAAUCAUACUGCGAAUUGUGCCGGGGCGAAUGUAUGACGGAUCAUGGUUUCUGCGUCCGGCCCAACAGGGAUCCUAGCGGGACGCCCUUCUGGUUCUCAGUGCCUUCAAGGCUCGCAGUCCUCACAGAAUGGAAGUGUCACGAAAAGUCACAGCGAGAAGAAUAUCAAAGCGGUCGAGAACGCGAAGCAACGACACGAGUCGGAUCUUUACAUCAGGCCAAGUUGGACCGAUGCAGCGAUAGCGUUGGAUCAGCUCGAGAAGGGCAAAGCGGAAGGUCAGAGGUCUGCGGUGUGGAUCAGGGCAAGGCUGCAGGAUCAGCUGAGUCAGCUGGGCUACUUCCUGCAGAGGCACGCAGGCAAGGUCCUCUUUCUCGCGAUCGUCGCUUUGGCUACGUUCUGUGUCGCCCUCAAGUCCGCUCAAGUUCACAGCAAGGCCGAGCAGCUCUGGGUUCAAGAAGGCGGAAGGUUGCAAAAAGAGCUGACCUACGCCUCGGAAGCACUGGGUGAAGCAGCCGCCUCGACGCAUCAGCUCGUGAUCCAAACGCCGAGGCAUUCCGGGGCGAAUAUCUUGCACCCUGCCGCACUCAAGGAACAUUUAGCGAUCCUGAAGGCGGCGACGCAGGUCACCGUACACCUGUUCGAAAUCACGUGGAAGCUGAAAGACAUGUGUUACGCGCUGAACAUACCCAACUUCGACAUGCACUACAUCGACCAGAUCUUCGAUAGUAUCAUACCAUGCGCCAUCAUUACACCCCUCGACUGUUUCUGGGAAGGUAGCAAGCUCCUGGGCCCCGAGUACCCCGUGCACAUACCGGGCGCCCAGGCACACAAGCCGGUGCAGUGGACGAAUCUGAAUCCGUCGGGGAUGCUGGACGAGAUGAAGAAACUGCAGUUCAUGUUUCCCUUCAAAAUUCUGGAGGACUACAUGAAGAGGGCCGGGAUAACGAACGGCUACCAAAGCAAGCCCUGCCUCGACCCGACGGACCCGGAGUGUCCGGAAACCGCGCCCAACAAAAAAUCGCAGCAGGUACCAGACAUAGGAGCCGAAUUAACGGGUGGCUGUUAUGGUUUCGCGGCGAAGUAUAUGCACUGGCCUGAGGAGCUGCUCGUCGGUGGUGCCAAGCACAAUAAGACCGGUCACUUGACCCGUGCAGCUGCGCUUCAGACCGUUGUGCAGCUGAUGGGAGAACGAGAGCUUUACGAUUUCUUCGCCGGCGCCUAUAAGGUACAUCACAUCGACUGGUCGCAGGAAAAGGCGUCCCAGGUCCUGGAGACAUGGCAACGAGCGUUCAGCAAUCAAGUGAAGAAGCAUCUGGACGCGAACGGAUCGGCGCCGUACAAUUUGUACGCGUUCAGCACGACCACCAUGAACGACAUACUCGGCAAGUACAGCGAGGUGUCCGUUAUGAAAAUCGCCAUUGGCUGCGCACUGAUGAUACUGUACGCGGGUAUAGUCCUUCUUCGCUGGAAGGAUCCAGUGCGCUCUCAAGCUGGCGUGGGUAUAGCCGGUGUGAUGCUAAUCUGCGCGACCGUGGCUGCAGGUUUGGGGUUCUGCGCCCUCCUGGGGAUCCCCUUCAACGCUGCGACCACUCAGAUCGUGCCGUUCUUAGCUCUGGGCCUCGGUGUUCACGAUAUGUUCCUAUUGACGCACACGUACGCUGAGCUCUCUGUAAACGAAGUACCCAGCGGGGAACAGACAGGGGUAGUUUUGAAAAGGACCGGCCUGUCUGUCCUCCUGGCAGGAAUCAGCAACGUGUCGGCGUUCUUCGCAGCGGCGAUAAUCCCUAUCCCCGCGCUCAGAGUGUUCUGCUUGCAAGCUGGUAUAUUGUUACUCUUCAACUUGGCCGCGAUGCUGCUAGUCUUCCCAGCUAUGGUUAGCCUGGACUUGAGGAGACGUCGUUCAGGACGCUCGGACAUACUUUGCUGCUGCCUGCCGUCGAAUGCUGGCAGGAAUAAGUACAAUAAUCGCGCGAGCAACGGCACAGCGAAGCAAACGGUAACGAGGGCCAUCCCACCUGAACGUCGCGAAACUUGUACGCAAAUCUUGACGUCGCAAAACGUGCAAAACGAGUCCUGGGUCGGUGGGAAUAUCGAGGUGGACUUGGAUAAGCAGUGCAGCGAAGAGGAUACUCUAACGGGGUGCAGUCAGGAUGAUUGUCUCAGUUUCUCAUUGACUCAACUGGCUGCGAGGCAUUACGCUCCGUUUGUCACCAGGCCCGCGACCAAGGUCUUCGGGAUGAUGAUUCUGAUCGCAGUUCUGGUCGGCAGUGUCUGGCAAGCUGUAAAAGUGAACGACGGGUUAGAGUUAACCGAUCUGGUCCCACAGAACUCCAAUGAACACGCUUUUCUGGCUGCUCAAGCGAAACACUUUGGAUUCUAUAAUAUGUAUGCUGUUACUCAGAGAGAAUUCGAGUAUCCUAAUAAUCAGAGGUUGCUGUACGAGUACCAUGAUGCCUUCAUGAGGAUAAAGAACGUGAUUAAAAAUGACAAUGGUGGCUUGCCGGAGUUCUGGCUGAGUUUGUUCAGAGACUGGUUGAAGGGGCUGCAAAAUGCGUUUGAUAAAGAUUAUAGUAAUGGCUGCAUCACGCAGGAAAGGUGGUACAAGAACGCCAGCGACGAGGCAAUUCUAGCUUACAAGCUGUUGGUGCAAACUGGCCACGUAGACAAUCCCAUCGACAAGUCGUUAGUCACUCAAGUCAGGCUAGUCGAUUCCGAGGGGAUCAUUAAUCCGCGAGCCUUUUAUAAUUAUCUGAGUGCAUGGGUAUCGAAUGACGUCCUGGCUUACGGUGCUUCUCAAGCGAAUCUGAGGCCGGAACCAAGGCAGUGGAUUUACACCAAUGAUCACGAGCUGAAGAUUCCAAAAAGUAUGCCUCUGACGUAUGCACAGAUGCCAUUUUAUCUGCACAAACUCACAGACACGCAAGAAAUUACCGAGUUAAUUGGCAGUGUAAGAAAAUUAUGCAAAAAGUUUGAAGAACGAGGUCUACCGAAUUUUCCAUCUGGCAUACCGUUUCUUUUUUGGGAACAAUACAUGGAUCUAAGAAAUUGUUUGGGGAUUGCACUAUUAGCUGCUUUAACAGCCAGUGUCGUUGUCGUUGGAAUACUGCUACUAAAUCUCUGGGCAGCCUUGUUAGUUGGCACUUCUCUCGCUGCUGUGGUUCUACAGCUCCUUGGAAUUAUGGGUCUCUGCGACAUAAAACUGAGCGCUGUUCCGGCUGUUUUAUUGGUUGUCAGUGUUGGAAUUGCCGUGCAUUUUACGGUGCACAUUUGCCUGAGCUUUAUCACGAGUAUUGGAAGCAGGGAUCGUAGGAUUCGUUUAGCAUUGGAACACAUGUAUGCACCUGUAAUUCAUGGAGCAUUAACAACUUUGCUGGCAGUCGUGAUGUUAGCCUUCUCCGAGUUUGAUUUCAUCGUUCGAUAUUUUUUCUUGGUGUUACUAUGCCUUAUUGGGAUCGGUUUAGUGAAUGGAUUGUUCUUUUUCCCUAUCCUGCUGUCUCUGAUUGGACCAUCUCCAGAAGUAAUACCCAAUGACCAUCCGGAUCGUAUUUCAACACCAACUCCACCUGCCUCGCCAAUCGUCAGAAGAUCAAAGCCGCCUGCACCUCCCAGGAGAUCAUACAAAAUUGAUAACGCUAGGUUACACGCUGAACCUUCUCUCACAACGAUUACCGAGGAGCCCAAUUCGUGGCACAGUACACAAGAAUCUUGCAUUAUCGUUCAGCCAGAGUUGAAGGUUGAAACGACAUCAACUUGUGGUAAUCAGAACUGUAGCGGAUCAGAUACAAGUGGAUCUAGUCGAAUGUCACCUGUGACAUCUACGUCUCAUAUCACAACUAAGGUCACUGCAACGGCUAACAUAAAGGUUGAAGUUCAUACACCGUUAACCAGUACAAUGGAUCGUAGCGAAAAAUGCAGGCACACGACUUCCAGUAGCCGAAGGAGCUCGCGCUGCAGUGCGAACGUUAAUGCUGGGGAGUCUUCCGGUUCCGGUUCUGAACCGGAUUCAGACUCUAACCCAAAUAAACAUUAAAAAUAAGUACCGGGAAGACCGGCAGCUACUGCUCAAAUACCAUGCAAAGCGGGAACAUACAGAAGGCUGACUAGGAUAGAUUUAUAGUUUCUUUUCUUCUAUCUCUUUUAGUAAAACGUAUAGCGAUGUGCGAGUACCCAAAGUUUAAAUAGCAAUGGCUUUAUUCGAGAUAAGUUCGCGUAAAGUUUUUACUUAAACCUGACAUGUCUCAGCUCUCUUAAUCUUUUGUACAUUAAAUAUAAAGAAUUUAUUUACUGCCCUUAUGUUAAUAGUAUAUUGCGGACAAAUUUCGAACCACGCGAAAAGCCAAUGAUCAGAGUUUACCAGGUACUCUCGCAUCGUUAAUGACACAACGUGCUUGUCUUCUUUGAAUUAAAGAACAAAAGUAUUAUGACUCAGAAAUACUGAAUCGAUACGCGCAGUGAUACGUUGUAUAUAAAUGUUCUCAAAGAUGCAUUUAUAUUUGUAUCAUACAUUCAAUA